AUGGAAUUCUAUUCUCGUCCGAGUGAAUUAAAAUUUGAAGGCAAUUUGGCUGAAAAUUGGAAAAUAUUCAGGAGAGAUUUAGAAAUAUUCAUAAAAGCAGCUGAUAUUUCCGACACACAAACGUCGAGUGGAAGAAAAACAGCAGUUUUAUUAAAUUUUAUUGGAUCUAAGGGUAAAGAUCUGUAUAACACAUUCGAGUUUGAUGAAGGUGAAAAAGAAAAAUUUGAUGUCGUUUUACAAAAGUUUGAAAACUAUGUACAACCUCAAAAAAACCUCGUGCUCAGUAGUUUUCUGUUUAACAGUAGAAAUCAAAAAGAUGGGGAAACUUUUGAAUCAUUCGUCACAGAAUUAAAAAAUAUUGUUAAGGAUUGUGAAUAUAAAGAAGAAGAAAGAAUGGUAAUGGAUAGAAUCAUUCAAGGUGUGCGAGAUGUACGUCUUAGAGAAUUAUUAUUGCGAGAGAAGAAAUUAACUUUGGUUAAAGCUAUUGAAAUUGGCCGAACAUCAGUAUUGAGCAGAGAACAAGCUAGUGUCAUGAAUGCUCCAGAAACUGUUGACCGCAUAAAAACAACCUCAACUGACGAUAAGAAGAAGAAUAAAAAGACAUGGCGGCGAUAUACAACAAAAUGGAGAAAAAAGAUGGAAGAAAUAAUUAUGGUGACAAAGCUAAAACCAAAAACACUAGUCAUUCGGGAAAUUAUUUGUGUAAAAAAUGUGUGGACACCCAAAUUAGAAUUUAAUAAUAAUAAUAAUAUAACAUUCAAAUUAGAUACGGGAGCAGAUAUUUCCAUUAUUCCAUACACAAUGCUAGAUAAAAACAAUCGUAAUAAAAUAAAUAAACAAACUAAGUUGAAUUUAGAAACUUAUAAUGGCGGUUUGUUAGAUUGUGUAACAAUGGGAUUAAUACAAAAGGGAGUUGUAAACAAAGUUGAAAUAAAUACAAAAUUAACUAAUAAGGAAACUUUUAUUGCUAACAAUACUGAUUUGUUUACGGGGUUAGGUUCAUUUCCUGGUUAUUGCAAUAUUAAAAUUGAUCCAAGCUUAAAACCUACAAUCAAAUCCCCUAGAAGAGUACCUUUAGCUUUAAACGACAAACUAAAAUUAAAAUUAAAUGAGUUAGAAGCAAGUGGUGUUAUAUCAAAAUGUGAACCAAAAUCGUGGGUUAGUAAUCUUGUUGUUGUAGAAAAAAAAGAUCAUACGCUAAGAGUGUGUUUAGACCACCGUGACGUAAAUAAGGCUAUCAUUCGAAAAAAUAAACUAAUCCCUACAGUGGAUGAAAUGGUAUCUAAAUUGUCGGGUGCGAAAAUCUUCACUGUCCUCGAUUUAAAAGAUGGAUUUUAUCAUAUAAUUGAUAAAUCAUCCAGUGAACUUUGCACAUUUUCUACACCGCUAGGUUUCUAUCAAUUUCUAAGACUUCCGUUUGGAAUUUCUAGUGCCCCUGAAGAAUUUCAGGAGCAUCAAAGUAUUAGUCCAGCAAAAGAGUAUGUUGACUCAAUUUUAAAACUUAGUUCACCUAAAUCUUAUAAACAACGACGACAUAAAGUAUCCGUUACACAUGAAAAACUAAAACCUAAAAUUGUAACAGAUGAAAAAAAAUAUUUACUUGAUAGAAAAUUUAAAACUAAGAAAUAUUACGAUAAGAGAACUAAAUGUAGACCCGAUUUUAAUUUAAAUGAUAAUGUGUUGUAUAAAUAUAAUAAAGAAUGGAAACCUGCUAAAAUUGUUAAACAAAUAGACAAAAGAUCGUAUGCAAUUUUGAAUGAAAACAAUAAUAUAUUACGCCGAAAUUCAUAUCAUCUAAGAGCGAGUGGUAAUGAGUUUAACUUGCCAAGUGAUAAUGAGUAUCAAUUGUCCACUGAUGAUCACACAACAAAUAGAGUGCCAUAUCACACCAUGAGAGGCCGUGAAACCUCGAAACCAUUAACCUAUCGCGAAUAA